UUAAUUGUGCAGCCGAGGAUGGAUGUUGGGGCAGACAAACCUGAUGGGUGGGGUGAAUGGGAUGAUGAGAUUUCUGACCGCAGAGUGAGCUACAUGGUGUCGCUUAUUGACGCUGGACACAAGUUCAAGAAGUCUGAUUGGGGAGGAGGGGACGGUAGAGAGCCUGUGUAUAACCACGAGGUGCAGAAGGCAGCUAAAAAAAGGAAGAGGGAUAUGGCGCAGUCGAGGAAAGCUGAUCCAGGCUGUCCUGUUAUGAAGCAAAAAAGAGUGAGCCAUUACUAUAUGCGUGAAGAGCCUGUUGAUAAUGAAAGAAGCAUGGAGUUAGAAACCCGUGUAGGAGAGCUUGAGAAAACUGUUGCUUGGAUGAAGAAGAAGUUAUUACGGCGCAAGAGGACUGGAGUUACGCCCAAGAAGGGUGUGUUAUGGAGUGGAGAAUCCAAGAAGAAAAAGAAGAAGAAGAUUGUGCAGAUGCCAACGGUUCGUAAUUUGCCCGUUGGUAACAAUGAAGUUUUUGAUGACGAUUUCCUUGGUAAGAGCUCAUCAGAUGGCGGAAGGGAGGUUGGGAAAGCGGGUGAUAACAUGGAUAUUCCAGGCGAUGGGAAGCUGGUGCAAGGCAGUGCUGUUUCGGAUGUAGAUGUUGAGGCUGUGGAGGAAUUUGGAGAAGAUAAGAGUGAUGGUGGUAUUUUGCUGGGAGAACCGGAAGCAGAUGAUAAUGGUGAAUCAAAUGAGAUGGAGGGUUUGGAAUUGGACGAUGAUGAUAGUUCCUCUGAGCCACCUGAAGAAAUGCUUGUACCCUUGAAAGAAGGAGAUGGUGUACCACAGCAGUGGGUAGAGAAAAGUUUGAAGGGUCAUGGUGGAGCUGUACUAUAUAGAGCCACUACAAGCAAAACGUUUUACGUAACUGAGGAUGAUGUAAGUAUUUUGUUUGAACAUUUUUUUUCUAUUUGUUUGCGAAUUCUUCAUUUGUUGUUUGUAUUAUGUUUUUGUGCAGGGGAGUACAAGUGUUGGAGACGAAGUGACGAACAGACGGGUGAAGCGGCUGAUGAAGGUGUUGAGGCGGAUGUAGCUGAGAGGACUGGUGCGGAGGUUGAAGAACAGGAGUUGGAUGGAAAAGGAGCUGAUAGGACUGGUGCGGAGGCUGAAGGUGUGGGGUCUGAGAAGGUUGAUGCAUCCGUUUCGGGGGAGGUGAGGACUGUUGAUGAGUCUCAUAUAAGUGGGAAAGAAAUGGUAACCUAUGUGAGCGACUCAUCCCCGUGUCCAAGGAGCAAGAAGCACAGGCCGAUAGAGUCAGAAGCAGACUUGGCGGCUUUGUUAUUGGCGAAAGCCCCAUAUAGCUUAGAACAAAUUGUGCCAGCUGAGGAGGAUGUUGAUUUUGGCUAUUUCAAGCAGGUGUUGCUUGCAAACCCGAAAGUGUUGCAUUUGGGGACAGGCAAAUAUGAUUUGGAUAAUGAAUUUUUCCUGGAGUUGGCAACCCCGAGAAAAUGGGUGUCAAGCAAGAACACACGCAGUGGCGAUUGUGGGCCUGUGGCUAUGAAGUUCUUAGAGUUGGCUGCAACAGGUGUUGAGGAACCAGAUGUAGAGGACAUCACUGAUGAGUUGGUUGACAUUUUCAGGAAACACUAUGCUAUGCAUGUGUACAAGGAUUGGGUUGUACCGUUGUACAUGGGAUGA